AAUUGACCGCAUCGCAUUCAAUAUAUCUUCACGGUAUAAUCAACGACCUUUAAUCUAGAAAAAGACUAAAACAUUCGUCUUGGACAAUGGAUUGCAAUGAUUUUCACGAAAUUGGGACUUUCCAUCAGUAACCGUAGCCGAAUAGAAAUUAAGAAAAAAAAAAAAAAAAGAAUCUCGUUUACCAGAAGGCUUGCAAAUGGAUUACUUGGACAGGAAGUCGACUAACAAGUAGAACCAAGUGCAGAAAACGGAUAUAAGAUAAAGAAGAUAUCGUCGUCUGAUAACGCAGUAGAAAGCGCAAAGUGUGCGAUGCGCACGCUCCCAUCGGAACCACCAUGCGUGCAUGCAUCGUAGGGGUGUAAAGAGGGUGAAAUAACGGAAAGCUGAGUUAGAUAGGAAGGGUGCAGUCGCCCCAGACGUUUGCUUGGUCCUAUUCUGCAAACCUUCCCUUCAAAACACUUUCCGUUUAUUCGAUUCCGCCUUUGAUUCCUUCCCUUUCGUCGACGCGAUGGCCCUCGAUGUUACCGAGAAAAGUUAUAUUCUGGACGCAAGGAGCAACUAUGAGGAUGUCGGCAGCCUCGGAUCAGAGGAAUCUUACGAUGAUAUGAGGCAACUUGUCGGGGAGAAGAAGGAAGAAUCCGGAAAAUUCAAUAGUCUACCAUUGGCCAGUUUUAAUUUCAUCAAUUCCAUUAUCGGCAGUGGUGUUAUUGGCAUACCCUAUGCCCUUCACCAGGCUGGAUUUGGCCUUGGAAUAGUAUUGUUAAUUUUGGUAGCAGGCCUUACUGAUUAUUCAUUGAUUUUAAUGGUCAGAAGUGGUCAUAUUUGUGGAGAAAUGAGCUAUCAAGGUUUAAUGAGGGCCAGUUUUGGUCGCACUGGAUUUUACAUCCUUACCACUCUGCAGUUCAUUUAUCCAUUCAUAGCAAUGGUCUCUUACAACGUUGUUGUCGGCGAUACGGUAACAAAAGUGUUGAUAAGAGUAACAGGAAUGAACGAAACGAGUAUAUUUGCUCAUCGUCAAGUGGUCAUCUUCUUCGCGACGGUUUGCGUCACCAUACCAUUGUGUCUUUAUAGAAACGUAGCCCGUUUGGCCAAGAUCUCUUUCCUUUCGUUGGUCUGCGUCGGUUUCAUUCUCUUGACUAUCUUAAUUCGGAUGGGUACGAUGUCUGCAAUUGUGCCAAGCCAAGAAGAGAGUUGGCGAUUUGGAAAUUUCCGUGGCAUCAUUCCUUCAGUUGGAAUUAUGGCUUUUGCCUUUAUGUGCCAUCACAAUACGUUCCUUAUAUAUGAGUCUAUAGAAAGAGCUACUCAACAAAAGUGGGACGUAGUCACCCAUUGGUCACUCUUCACCUCGUUCUUAAUUGCUGCAGCUUUUGGAAUUAUUGGCUACGCCACCUUCACCUCCUACGUACAAGGAGAUCUUAUGGAGAAUUAUUGCUGGGACGAUGAUUUGAUGAAUUUUGCAAGAGUCAUGUUUAGUGGGACUAUCCUCUUAACUUUUCCCAUCGAAUGCUUCGUAACUAGAGAAGUAAUCCUAACAGCAAUCAAAGGCACGGAUGAACUUGAAGAUCAUACCGCAUAUGUUCCUAAUUCGGACAGGAAGUACUUGAUGAUCACUUUGGCGAUAGUAAUCGUUGCUUAUUUGAUCUCCAUGUCUACGGAUUGUCUGGGAGUGGUCCUAGAAUUGAAUGGUAUCUUAGCAGCAGUACCUUUAGCCUACGUUCUUCCUGGACUGUGCUACCUCAAGCUUGAAGAGGGCCCAGUUCUCUCGUCCAAGAAGCUUCCGGCUCUUGGUUUGAUGACCGCUGGUGUGUUCGCUGCUGUUUCUGGAUUAUUGCUUCUCAUUUUGAACAGCGAUACUUCUAGUUCCUGUGUACACGGAAAGAAUUACAUACUCAGCUCUCGUUUGUUGGAAUUUACGCGUACCUGGAUGAAAAUUCGUAUAAAGUACCUCCUACUUAUGUAUGUACAAUUGAUCAUAUGUUUGAAUAAUGUUAUCAAUUAUACGAAUGUAUUGGGCAAGAAAAAUGUCAAAAACGUCUUCGGUUUCCGUAGAGGGGAGUUCGAGAUCAUUGCUUGUUUUCUAAAUACAUAUGUAUACAUUAAAAUGGAAGUUUCAAAAAGUGAGCAUCUACUCGAUACCUGUGAACAAAUUUACGGGGACGAGUGUAGAAUAUGUUUAAAAAGAGCCGUUGAAAUUUGCGAAUUAUUUAGAAAUGGAGACGCUAUUCCUCAUAAACUUAUGGCCGUUGCUUCUGUACAGGUGGAACAAGGUGAUGGUUUACCUCCAGUGAUUUGUGUACCUUGUAAUCAACGUUUGGAUGCAUCUUAUGACUUUAAAUGUCAAAUACAAAAUUCAGAUGAAAAACUUCGUCAAUUUUUAAAAUUAAAAUCCGAUAAUGAUUCAAUUAGUAGCACCACCAUAGUUACAGCAAUAAUUGCUGAUGUGAUAUCUAAUGUAAUAUCUUCUGAGAAAGAAAGCUCAGUUAAGCCAGAAAUUUGCUCUACAGAUUUUUGUUCUGAUAAUUUUUCUUUUACAAAGGAUGAUUCUUUUUGCCUUAGUUCAGAAAAGAACUUAUUUUGUUAUGAAAAGGAAUCGCAAAGUCAAUUGAAUGAUAAAGAACAAAAGAAAAGCACAGGAAAUGUAGAUAUUUAUACAAGUUUGUUAGAAGAAGAUUCUCUAAGGUGCGUUAAUUUGGUUAAACAACAAGAAUUGCAUUUAUCGGAUACUUGUAAGGUGCAAGACAAGGAUACUACAUCAAAAAUUGAAAUUAGUGACCAAGUAUCUGAAAAUCAACAAAUGUUAGAAGAGACAUUAAAAACAGAUGGUGGUACACAAGACGAUGAGGAGAAACCUUUAAUUGUACGUGCAACUAGAUUUCGUUGUACGCAGUGUAUUAAGUCAUUUCAUACAAAAGUGGCCUUGCAAAGACAUGCUAUUGUACAUAAGCGUAAAACUAAAUUGCGGUAUGUCUGUUAUGUUUGUGAUAAGCAGUAUUCAACUCUUGUGAAAGCAAAAAGUCAUGUAGCAAUUUGUCGUGAAGCUCAUGACAGGAAAGAAAAUAUUCAAGAUAAAAAAAUCAGUUACAAGCAAGAACAAGAAGUUGCAAAUGUGCAAGAUAAAAAGUUUAAUAAUAUUCAAGAUAAAAGAAUAAAAAUUCAGAAAAAUGAUAAUUCUUUUAAAGAACAACGAAAAAGUUUAAAAUUGAAUUGUAAAGUUUGUUCAAAACAAUUUACUUAUCAAAAGUCGUUUAUAACUCAUGCUAAAAGUCAUCCAGAAUAUAAGUUACAAGAAUUGGAUGAUUCUUCUCUGUGUUCAACAAAAGAAAAGUCAACAGAAAAUCUGGAAGAACAGGAGGAAGAAGAUGAAGAAGAGGAUGAAGAAGAGGACGACGAAGACGAGAACCUUCCUGCUGAAAGUCUACAGUGCACUCAAUGUGGAAAGUUAUUUGCAACAAAGAAAAAUCUUAAAAGGCAUAUUUCUACGCACAGCGGAUUAAAAUACACUUGCGAGAGGUGUGGUAAAGGAUUUUCAAGAAUAGACAAAUUAAAAGAUCACGAACAAUCAAAACACAAGUCUGAAGUAUUUGAAGACUCUGAUUUUUCUGACAAAGAAGAUAUGGAUGAUAUAAACAGGGGGGAUUGUUUAGAAGGAAGAAAAAAAGAUCGUGACAACAGACCGCACAAGUGUGCAAUGUGUCCUAAAUCCUUUGCCCAAGCUCAAUCUUUAGCGAAUCAUGUUGAACGUCAUAAACGUGUUAAAGAAACCCAGAAAAGGUUUCUUUGCGAGGUUUGCAGUAAAUGUUUUGCGCAGAGUGGUUCUCUUGUUGCGCAUAUGCGUACACAUACAGGAGUUAAACCGUAUGUUUGCAAUGUGUGUAGUAGAGCUUUUACAAAGAGCACUUAUUUACAACUGCAUUUACGUACACAUAGCGGGGAGAAACCGUAUAUUUGUCAAUAUUGUAGUAGAGCUUUUGCGCGUGCAAAUACAUUGGCACGGCACAUUACCAUGCACACAGGAGAAGCGAAGUAUCAUUGUCAGAUUUGUACAAAAUCAUUUAGAAGACUGACCUCAUUGAACGAACACACUUAUACGCAUACUGGUCAACGACCAUACGCCUGCAAAAUUUGUACAAAGAGAUAUAAUAAUGCUGGAUCGCUUUACGCGCAUAGAAAAAAGUGUAAAGCACAGCAGUUAUCUAAUAGUGGAUUUACAGUUUCUGUAGAAAACUCGAUAUCGCACCAAGAUAUAAACGUUCCACAGGUUUUGAUUUAUUCACAGCGAAAAUUAGUAGAAGACGCAACGGUUGGACAGGUUACACCCACGCCUCAGUACAUGAUUCCAAAUGUACAUAAUCAAAAGAGUUUGGGAUCAAAUAUUAUUCAACCAUUUACGAUGGAAGAUCCAAAUGUUUAUACAAUUAAUUCAAAACAAUUUAAAAACCCCUAUUAUACGAUAUAUCCAAAUAUGUAAAAUAACGUGUGCCUAAGAUGCAUUAAACUAUGUCCUUUUCAGGCUUAUUUGUA